UAAUGAUGAAACAGAUAUAAUAUAAAUGAUAUUUGAAUACGAUAUCCCAACAACUGCCCAGGAGCAAACCUCUGGAAGAACACAUUCGAUGGCGGCACAGCUUAUUGAAAACCAACAAAGCCUUAACGCAUUUGUGAACAGUCUGAGAAAUGAGACACUUAAAUUCGAUCCAAUGAAAACCAGUGGAGUCGGCCAGAAUGCUAUAUUGUCAUGUGAACAGCAUCAGUUACAUCAUGAGCACAAGGUGUUUCAGAGCUCUUCUCAGAAGCAUGGAAAGAUGGAUCUUUAUAAAAGUCUGAAUUCCCAGCCGAUAGCUGAAACUGACUCGUGCAUAAAACUUGUAAGCUCAGCACCUGACAAGUCAUGCUCUGAAGAGACUUCACAUCAUAGUGCAGAUAUAAACUGUCUGACUGCUAAUUUUUCAAGCAAAUCUAGUUCAUCAAAGUUGAAGGAAUCACCUCCUUCAGUACCUGAACAUUCAUCAGAAAAAGAAGGAACCAAGGAUGUCAGUGAUACCUUAAAUUACUGAACCUGUGGACUAUCAGAUGAUGAUGCCUUUCUGGUUAACACUCUCUUAGUCAGAAACAACAUCGGCUUCAUGAAAGAAUUAAUGAACUUUAAAUACGAAAUCGUGCAGAAGAAGACCAAGACCGCCAAGACCAAGUACUUCGUAUUUGUCUGCAAGUUCAACGAUACUUGUAACACAAAGUACAGACGCAGCUGGAACUUCCUGGACCACUGCAGAUCUCACUACGGGAUCAGACCUUACCAGUGUGAUGAGUGCGAUCGCAGCUUUACUCAGAAGGGUAACUUGGUCAAGCACAAGAAAACUCACAGGCGUAAUAAUUCUUCAUAA